AUGGAGAUACCAGAUGAUAUAAAUGACAUGGAGCUCAAGAAUUUGCUCAGCCCUGCUGCUGCACCUAGAAGACUCUUAGGUGAUCCACUAGCAGUGUCUCCUGGUAAAGCAGUCAAGCCUGUGAGAGGUAAAGGAAAGGGAAUAAAGGCAGGCAGGAUUGGUAGAACUAAUAAAAGACCCAACUAUUUUGUUGCUUUUCGCAUCUGGGACCCAAUGAUCCAUCUGCAAGUGAGAGCCCUACAAGAGAAGAUUAUCAACCAGGAGGUCAGUCUCUUGCCAGCUUGUAUUCCCCUCUCAAGUCUCCAUGUGACUUUGUUUGUGAUGCACUUAUCUGGGAAGGAUGAAGUGAGUGCAGCAAGGAAUAUUGUCCUUGGCUGUGAAGACCUUUGGACAGCUGCAUCGCCAACAGGUGAUAUCACUCUGGAGUUUGAGGGGAUCCAACAUUUCUCAAAUCAAGUGAUGUACUUGGACAAUGUUGAAAGUGAAGGGCUGCAGGCUUUCAAGGCAUUUCAGGAAGCUCUGAAAAGCAGAUUUGUGGAAAAUAGACUUCUGCCCCAAUCUGAAGAGCUAUUCAAGCCCCAUGUGACUGUUUUAAAGUUGUCAAGAAUGCAUAAGGUCAAAGCAUCUCACAUGAGUUCACUGAAGAAAGCAGUGAAGAAGUGUUGCACCAUGGGUUCUAACAUAAACUUUGGCAAGCAAAAACUUGGACCCCUUCAACUGUGCUCCAUCAGUGGACAAAGUGACAAGACCAGCCUGUUUUAUCAAACUAUGGCCAUGCUUCCAGUUGGAAGUGAGACAAGGACAUGGGCUCAGGGAGAGCACAUUGAAUGCUGCUUGAAGCCCUUGAUGCCUAAGCAGUCCUUCCUCCAUUCAUUCCUGGUAAAACUGAAGGCCUUAAAAGAUACAGUUAAUGUGUGCAUUAUUUGGAAUUUGUUGAAAAUGAGUGAGAGCAGGCCGGUAGAUAUCCCUAAUUUGAAGAGGCAUUCCAAUCAUGAAAAUAACUUCUCCCCAGAGGGAUCCCCUGGCUUUCAUGGCUUGAAGCUUCCAAGUCCCCUCAUUACUCGGAGAACGAGGUCCAAUUCAACUAUCGAGGGGGAGUAUGUUCCACGACAUGGAGAUGAGGUGCGCUACAGAAUCUGUCCCAUCCCCCCCAAGAAUGAAAAGUUUCAGGCAGUGCACGUUCAAAUCAUCCACUUCUGCCCUGAACGUCACACCAAAUGGGCAUCUGCUGUCUUGGAUGAGGAUGCUGAUGAGAGUCCGGAUGGUGAAACUGCUCAUGCCCCUGCAGGAGACAUCUGAACUGGAUCAUACAUUACAAAUGAUGGUGCAUGCAUUCAGAAGAAACAAAGCAACAGGUCCUCAAAAACAAAGCAGCAAAUCCUCAAUCACUGUAAGGCACUCCUUACUGUGGUCCCUCUUGAAUAUAGGAAACGAGGGCAAAUGACAGAAUGUUGGCUGAGCAUGCAUCUCAACUUCCAUACCUGUGGUGUAGCAUUCAGUCUUGUUUCUUGCUCAAUGGCAUCCUGAGCGUGCUAUUGUUCUGUCUUUUCUUUUUUUUUUUACAUUCCCUUCUGUGUGGGUCUCCCUUUUUUUUGCAAUAUGUUUUUUCUUUGUUAAUAUCUUUCUUGAAAGGUUGCUUUGGGUUGCAGGUUGCAUUACAUUCAAAUUUGGAUUAAAGUGCUUGAGUCUUCUCUCCUUAUGGAUGCCAUUUUCUUUUUAAAUAAAAAUGCUUGAUGCAAGAGCCCUCUGCCAGGCUUCAAAUCCCUCUUAAGAUUGUAUCCUCUGUUCUUUGAUUCUAAAAUGCCACCAUGUCUUUGAAACUUCAAAGAUGUUAUCUUACUGGACGCAUUGACCUAGGUUGAAUAGUUUGAUCUCAUAAGAGUUGUAUAUACCGUGUUUUCUUGAGAUUUGACUUUCUCUGCAUUUCCUUCAUUACCUAGGAUAUACAUGAUAUCAAUCCCACUCCUAGAUACCAAUAUGUGGUGGGGGAGGGGGGAAAAUGGUGAAGAAGAGAGAACUCACAGAUCAGAUUAGAUCUGGGGCUUGGCAGUGAUAAUUUCCAGCUCUAGCAGCCCUUCCAUUCCAUCAAAGCAUUCAAAGCAAAUGUCAUCUGAGAAGUUCAUCUCUUGGUCCAUUCUACUUUCAAAGAUGUUAAUUACAGCACUCCUUUGAAUACUGGGGAAUUUCUUUUUUGUGCCAUUUAAUGCUGAAAAAAAGAAAGUCAGUCAUGCAGUAAGGGAUUAGAUGGAAAAGGAAUAAAUAACCUAAUAACUCCAGGAGUAUUUGUCUAGUUAAAUUAUAUACCAAAUUGGGAAGUGAAUAUUGUAUCAAUUUUCUGAGUGGUACAUGCUGAGAAAGUUGUCCACAGAGAUUCAAAGUUCAGAAGAGGAAGUGUAAUACUCAAGGAUAUAUGGUAUUGGUAAGACUUUAUUUUUGGACAGUAAUUUUUUCUCCCAGUGCCAUCUGGUACUUAUUGAAAUUCUUCCAAGUUUGAAGUUCAUGUUCAGUUUUGCUUCAUAUUGAAUGCUCAUGUGAAGGCCUCAUUUAUUUCAUGUAACCCCUAUUCCCUAGCUUUAUGCUUCUCAUAAUUCUAAGUUCUUUGUAAUGCAUCCUUGUCUUUAGUUCAUCAAUCAUGUUUCCAUUCAAUAUUUUUUCAGUCCAAAAUGAGUGGGAAGCCUGGCACUUUGUAGGCAGCUUGUUCUGAAUGCUGUCCUACAAUAUGUAUCUUGUUUGUGAACUUGGUAUCCCAUUUUUGCAGUGUUUGUUUCCAGUCUUAUAAAUAAAUAAAUGAAGGCUGAGGAUGGAAGGAUGAUGAUGAAGGUACAGGCUAUCAGUAACAUUUAUUGUGCCCAUCACAUUUAUGUUCUUGCUUGUCCAGGCCGAAGAAUGAGGAUGGAGGGGGAUUGGGCUCUGUUUGCUAUCAAAGAGCCAGAUGCCACAUGAAAGAGCUUUCAGAUAUUUUGCAAGUUAGUGCAAUACGAGAACUAAGUGGGCAUUACUACUCCAUGCCAUAAAUAUAAAUAGUUGUGGUGGAUCAAGUGAGGCAUGACAAGCUUUUCCAGGGUAAUGAAACUUUGGAGACAGUGUAUGAUGUUAAUUGCUUAUGUCUGUGGGUUCGUUUGGUAUUUCGAAUUCUGUAACUCAGUUAAUGGGGUACACUAUAUUUUUUCUUAAGCUGCCAUUUGCUCUCCUUCCAAACUAGCCUUUGGUCUGUGACAUUUUAAAAGGUACCAUCAUCAUUCCAGCUCAGUUUUGAUCCGUU